GGUCCUCUGGCCGCCGCCGCGUACGAGAGCGGGAUGAGCGCCGUCGAGGAGCUCAAACUGCUCAAGGCGCAGGUCCAGGACGUCGCGCGAGUCUGCAACGCCGUGGCCCGCGGCGAUCUGUCGCAGAAGAUAACCGUGCCGGUGCAGGGCGUCGUCAUGGUCCAGCUGAAGGACGUCAUUAACACUAUGGUCGACAAACUUGGCCUAUUUGCGCGCGAGGUCACACGCGUCUCACAGGAAGUCGGCACCGAAGGGAAACUCGGUGGCCAGGCGCUCGUGCUCGACGUCGAGGGCACCUGGCGCGAGCUUACCGGCGUCGUCAACAAGCUCGCCGCAAACCUCACCUCGCAGGUGCGCUCGAUCGCGCGCGUCACCAAGGCCGUCGCGCUCGGCGACCUGUCCAAGCAGAUCGACGUCGAUGCUAGCGGAGAGAUCCUUGAUCUCAAGAACACAGUCAACGGGAUGGUCGUGCGCCUGCGCGCGCUUGCGGCCGAAGUCACGCGCGUCACUCUCGAGGUCGGGUCGCAGGGUAUUUUGGGUGGGCAGGCGCACGUCCCGGACGUGGAAGGCGUAUGGCUAGAGCUUACGCGCAACGUGAAUCGGAUGUGUUCUUCGCUGACCGACCAGGUGCGCUCGAUCGCGACGGUGACGACGGCGGUCGCCAAGGGCGACCUCACGCGCAAGAUCGAGAUACAGGUGGAGGGCGAGAUGGCGACGCUGAAGACGACGGUGAACUCGAUGGUGGACCAGCUGAGCGCGUUCGCGAGCGAGGUGACACGCGUCGCGCUCGAGGUCGGUACACAGGGCAUACUCGGCGGGCAGGCGACGGUCGAGGGCGUGCAAGGGACGUGGGCGGACCUCACGCGGAACGUGAACAAAAUGGCCAGCAACCUGACCGACCAGGUGCGCUCCAUUUCGGAGGUGACCAAGGCGGUGGCGCUCGGCGACCUCUCGCGCACGGUGAACGUCGACGUGCAGGGCGAGAUGCUGGACCUGAAGAUGACCGUGAACCAGAUGGUGGCGCAGCUGUCGACGCUCGCGAACGAGGUCACGCGCGUGUCGCUCGAGGUCGGCACGGAGGGUAUCCUGGGCGGGCAGGCGUACGUGCCGGACGUGCAGGGGAUGUGGAAGGUGCUGGCGGACAACGUGAACUUGAUGGCGAUGAACCUGACGAACCAGGUGCGCUCGAUCGCGGAGGUGACCAAGGCGGUCGCGAACGGGGACCUGACGAAGAAGAUCGAGGUGGAUGUGCGCGGGGAGAUGCUUGAUUUGAAGGAGACGGUGAAUGGAAUGACGGAGAGUUUGAGCGUGUUUGCGGACGAGGUGACGCGCGUCGCGAGGGAGGUCGGGACGGAGGGGCGGCUUGGUGGGCAGGCCAAUGUGACGAACGUCGGCGGAACGUGGAAGGAUCUGACGGACAACGUGAACGUCAUGGCUACGAAUUUGACACUGCAAGUGCGCACGAUUGCGGUGGCCACGACGGCGGUCGCGCGGGGCGACCUGACGCAGAAGGUGACAGGCGUGUCGGUCUCGGGAGAGAUGUUGGAGCUGGUGAAGACGAUCAACGACAUGAUAGACCAGCUCGCGAUAUUUGCGUCCGAGGUGAAGAAAGUUGCGCGUGAGGUGGGGACGGAGGGGAAACUAGGGGUGCAGGCGGAGGUGGGGAACGUGCAGGGUGUGUGGCAGGAAAUUACGAUGUCGGUGAACACGAUGGCCGGGAACCUGACGACGCAGGUGCGCGGGUUCGCCCAGAUCUCCGCGGCGGCGAUGGACGGGGACUUUACGCGCUUCAUCACGGUCGAGGCGAGCGGGGAGAUGGACUCGCUCAAGACGCAGAUCAACCAGAUGGUGUUCAACUUGCGGGACAGUAUCCAGAAGAACACGGCUGCGCGCGAGGCGGCGGAGCUCGCGAAUAGGAGCAAGUCAGAGUUUUUGGCGAACAUGUCGCAUGAGAUUCGGACGCCGAUGAACGGGAUCAUUGGAAUGACGGAACUGACACUCGAUAGCGACCUCAAUCGAUCGCAACGCGAGAGUCUGCUCCUAGUGCACAGCUUGGCACGCUCCCUACUAUUGAUUAUUGAUGAUAUUCUGGACAUCUCCAAGAUCGAGGCCGGUCGAAUGACCAUGGAGCAAGUCUCAUUCUCGUUCCGGCAGACGGUCUUCGGUAUCCUCAAGACGCUCGUCGUGCGCGCCUCGCAGAACAACCUCGAUCUUACCUACGACGUCGACCCGGACAUCCCGGACCAGCUCAUCGGCGACUCGCUCCGUCUGCGGCAGGUCAUCACGAACCUGGUCGGCAACGCGAUCAAGUUUACGCCGUCCAAGGUGUCGAAGAAGGGCCACGUCGCGCUCAGCUGCCGCCUGCUCGCGCUGGACGACUCGAGCGUGACGCUUGAGUUCUGCGUGACGGACACGGGCAUCGGCAUCGCGAAGGACAAGCUUAACUUGAUCUUCGACACGUUCGCGCAGGCGGACGGGUCGACGACGCGAGAAUACGGAGGGACGGGCCUUGGGCUAUCCAUCUCGAAGCGGCUCGUGUUCCUGAUGCAGGGCAACAUGUGGGUAGAGAGCGAGGUGGGCAAGGGCUCCAAGUUCUUCUUCACGAUCACGUCGCAAAUCGGCCAACUGUCGAUGGACGCGACGGCGACGAAGAUGGCGCCGUUUGCGAACCGGAAUAUUCUCUUCGUCGACACGCUGCACGACCGCACGGGCGUCGUCGAUCGCAUUCAGGAGCUCGGGCUGCGGCCGUACGUCGUGCACGACGCAAUGGAGGUCGCUGACAAGGGCUCAUGCCCGCACAUUGACACCAUUGUGGUGGAUUCCUUGAGCGUGACGGAGACGAUCCGCGAGUACGAGCAUCUGCGGUACAUCCCCAUCGUGCUGCUCGCUCCGAACCUGCCGCGUCUGAACCUGAAGUGGUGCCUGGACAAUAGCAUCAGCUCCGAGGUGACGACGCCCGUGACGGCGCAGGACCUCGCAUCGGCGCUGAUCUCGGCGCUGGAGUCGAGCACAGUGAGCCCCGCAGCGGCGACGAACGACGUGACGUUCGACAUCCUCCUCGCGGAGGACAACCUCGUGAACCAGAAGCUGGCGGUCAAGAUCCUCGAGAAGUACGGGCAUUCGGUCGAGAUCUCGGAGAACGGCUCGCUGGCGGUGGACGCGUUCAAGGCGCGGGUGCAGCGCAACAGGCCGUUUGACAUCAUCCUCAUGGACGUGUCGAUGCCGUUUAUGGGUGGCAUGGAAGCGACGGAACUCAUUCGCGCGUACGAGGUCCACAACAACCUGGCGGCGACGCCCAUCAUCGCCCUAACGGCCCAUGCCAUGAUCGGCGAUCGCGAACGGUGUUUGGAUGCAGGCAUGGACGACCAUAUAACGAAACCACUGCGGCGGGGCGACCUGCUCAACUCGAUCACGAAGCUGGCCGGCGAGCGCGUGAAGCAACGACGGAAUCAGCACAAUUUCCCGCAGGAGUUCAGAUAGCCGCGCGGCUGCGGGCGGUUCGUCCUCCGUUUACUCACUCUCUCUCUUUUCCCUUGUUGUGUUCAAUGUUGUCCUCUCUCGUCUCACCUCGCGCCCUCCCGCUUCUCUUUCCCAUGUGCCCCCCACGCCAUCCCACGCUUUGCAUAAUGAACGAUGAUGCUGUAUUGAUCGUGUACCUAUUACGCUUACUAGUCUUCUUCGCUCUCCCUUUCCUCUCUUCCUCUCGUAUUUACCCCGUACCCCUCUUGAUCGCAUAUGCCAUGCUGCGCAGCGCAGUGCCCCAUGUAUUUCUCGCUCGCUCUAUUAUCGAUCUACGUAUAUCCAGCUCGUAUACCACGCCAAGCCACGCCUAUGUGUCUGUGUCUGUGUCUGUCCUCUCUCCUCUCUUUUCCUCUCCUCUCUCCUCCUCUCUUCUCUUCUCUUCUCAUCUCUUUUCGUCCUGUCUCGUCUCGUCUCGCUCUCUUCUUUCCCAUUCGCGUAUUCUGUUCUCGUUCUGUCGCCGAUCAAGUAUGUGUCAAUAAUCAAGAAAUUUACGCUCUC